CAUCUUCUACGCACCCUCCUCUCCUUUUGAGUUCCUUCAUUUCCUUCAGGAUAAAGAAAGUAUCUGAACUCAAUUCUAAUUCCCUCUGAAAAAAAUGACGGGAAAACCCGAAAAGCCUAAGACGCCCACCACACCAGUGGCACCAGAGUCCAUCUCCAUGGGGGAGCGUUCCCACACCCAGUCCCGAGACCACCUCACUCUGCGCACGGAAAGCACCGUCUUCAGCCUCGCCAACUCCGAGUCCCUCUGGACCACCACCGCCCCACCCACGGCCUGGGAGUUCUACCGCCACGCGAUACUGCUCAUGUCCACCGGGGGCAGCGUGCUGCUGGCGGGCUGUGUACUGACUGGCCUGCACUUCGCCAGGUUCACCUCGGACAAGUACUUGGGCACGGCGCUGCUCUCCAUCGGACUGAUGGUGCUGGCCGUGGGUGUGGUUCUCAUCCCCGUGACUCGAGAGAUGAAGCAGAGCAACUCCAAGAGGAGCUACUCUCAUUAUAAUAAACCACAACAAAUGAAUUUAUGA